UCCCAGUUUCAGUUUCAGUCGUUUCGAUUGCGUUGAUAAAAUUAAACCUAAGCCCAAACCAGCCGUGCUAAUAACAAUGCUGUGAUUUAUUUUAAAAUGUGACUGUAAAAGAUCUGUUUCCCACACAUACAUACAGAGGGUCAGAAAUAAUUUUUGUUGAAUCGUCGUUGUUGCCAAUUUUAUGCUUAGUGAUAUACGCCAGACAGCUGAACCGAAAAAUAUAUACUACAUACAUGAGUACGACAACAGGAGAGGAGGGACUCUUUGCCGCAAAAGGACUCUUGGGGAGAAUCAAACUACCUUAAUACCAACAUAGCCUGAACAGAGUUAGAUAUGCCGGAUGAUACAGUAGGGCUCAUUGGAAGCGUUAGAACAGCAGCAGGACAUAACGGAAGCGCAUUGCUGCUAGCCACGGAGAAGGAAAAGGGAACACCAAGAACCCACGGCACUUCUGAGCUAUCUGCCGGAGAGCCAACGUAUCGAAAGAUCGAGCGCAGAAAGAGACUCCAAGGCCAUGAGGCGACAGCGACAGCGAAAGCGCAAGCGAUAGCUACCAGAAAAACUCCAGAUGCAAGACUCAAUAGGAUCUAUUUAUCUACAUUUAACCGAAUGGCACAGAGCUGUAUAUAUUUUGUAUUAGUUUUAGUAAUCCUAAGCCAACAUAGUAGUUGCGCUCUACGGAGUAACGAAAUUGAUCACCGCGGAACAGCAGCAGCCGUAGCAGUAGCAACCUUGCCCGCGGAUGAUACUGAUACUGACCCCCGCCGCAGUGCAGUGCCGGAAGGCGACAAUGGGGGUCAAGCACAGGCUCAGACGACCAUUAGUAAAGGCGCCGCCGCCGCCGCACACGUUAAUAAUUAUGAAAAUACUCACAUAAAUGCCAGUGCGAACAAUGAACGUGUUGACCCGCAUCAUCAUCAUCAUCAGCAUCACUCGCCACAUAGCCUCGACCUCGACGGGAUCGAUAUCUUUGGCGCCUACAGUAUUCCCGAGGAGGCGAUAUACACGAAUGAGUUCGCUGUCAACAUUCCCUCCGGCAAGCAUGUAGCUGAUUUCAUAGCCGCCAAGCAUGGCUUCAUCAACAAGGGACAGAUUGGAGCCCUCGAUGACUAUUACCUGUUCCAGCACCAUCACGUGUCUAAGCGCUCGCUGCGCUCCAGCCGCAAGCAUCAGGGUUUGCUUACCUCCGAGAAUGAGGUGAAAUGGAUGCAGCAGCAACACGAGAAAGUGCGGCGAAAGCGCGACGGUCCCUACCAGAGCCUGCCCACCUACAGUCCGUAUAAUGUAUUGCGGCAACCGGGCGAAUAUGUUGUGGAUCCAAAUCCACAUCUCUCUUUUACACCCGACACAUCGUCCCUGUCGCUGGGCACAACGCACUCGGGGCACAUGGAGUAUCGGGAUGUUAGCUCCCAUUCCAUAUUUCCGGAUCCGUUGUUUAAGGAACAGUGGUAUCUGGUGAGUAAAAACGGUGGCGCUAAAGAUGGCCUGGAUAUGAAUGUGGGUCCCGCCUGGCAGAAGGGCUACACGGGCAAAGGUGUGGUCGUUUCUAUACUAGAUGAUGGCAUCCAGACCAAUCACCCAGAUUUGGCUCAGAACUAUGAUCCUGAUGCCUCGUUCGACAUUAAUGGCAAUGAUUCGGAUCCCACGCCCCAGGAUAAUGGCGACAACAAGCAUGGAACCAGGUGUGCCGGCGAGGUGGCAGCUGUGGCCUUCAAUAACUAUUGUGGCGUUGGUGUGGCCUACAAUGCCAGCAUUGGUGGAGUUCGCAUGCUGGAUGGCAAGGUCAACGACGUGGUGGAGGCGCAGGCUUUGAGCUUGAAUCCCGCCCACAUUGAUAUUUAUAGCGCCUCGUGGGGCCCAGAGGAUGAUGGCUCCACUGUCGACGGGCCGGGACCCUUGGCCCGCAGAGCCUUCAUUUAUGGCGUGACCAGCGGGCGGCAGGGCAAGGGUUCGAUCUUUGUGUGGGCCUCCGGCAAUGGCGGUCGCUACACCGACUCUUGCAACUGCGAUGGUUACACCAAUUCCAUCUUUACCCUCUCCAUAUCGAGUGCCACACAGGCGGGCUUUAAACCCUGGUAUUUGGAGGAGUGCUCCUCCACCUUGGCCACCACCUACAGCUCUGGAACACCGGGGCAUGAUAAGAGCGUGGCCACCGUUGACAUGGAUGGACGCUUGCGACCGGAUCAUAUCUGCACCGUUGAGCAUACGGGCACCUCUGCAUCGGCACCGCUGGCAGCUGGCAUCUGUGCCCUGGCACUGGAGGCGAAUCCGGAGUUGACGUGGCGCGACAUGCAAUAUCUGGUGGUCUACACAUCGCGCCCGGCGCCAUUGGAGAAGGAGGCCGGUUGGACACUAAACGGUGUGAGGCGCAAAUAUAGCCACAAGUUUGGCUACGGACUGAUGGAUGCCGGGGCAAUGGUCUCGCUGGCGGAACAGUGGACAUCGGUGCCGCCGCAGCACAUUUGCAAGUCGCGGGAGAACAACGAGGAUCGUAAGAUAGACGGUACCUUUGGUUACACACUAGCCACGCACAUGGAUGUGAACGGAUGCGCUGGCACCAUCAACGAGGUGCGUUACCUGGAGCACGUUCAGUGUCGCAUCACGCUGCGCUUUUUCCCGCGCGGAAACCUGCGCAUUCUGCUCACCUCGCCCAUGGGCACUACCAGUACUUUGCUGUUUGAGCGCCCACGUGACAUUGUCAAGUCCAACUUUGAUGAUUGGCCGUUCCUCAGUGUGCACUUUUGGGGGGAGAAGGCGGAGGGACGCUGGACCCUUCAGGUGAUCAAUGGCGGAAGGCGGCGUGUCAAUCAACCGGGCAUACUCUCCAAGUGGCAGCUCAUCUUUUACGGGACUUCCAGCCAGCCGAUGCGUUUAAAGUCCACCGAGCUGCUCAAUAACGGCGGCGGGCCUCCUCAGCUGCGGAGCAGCCCCAUUGGCUCCCACACGAAUCCGUUCCUCUUCCCGUCCGCCUCGAACAUUGGCCAGCCGGCCAAUGAGGGCGGCAACUUUAAUACGGACAGCUUUGCCAGCUACCUCAAUUACCAGAACAUCUUCACCAGUGCCGGAUCCAAUCCGGAGCCAGCCACAGCCACGUUGGAUGGCCAAAAUGUGAGCACUUCUUCCGCUGCAGUAGCAGCAGCACCAGCACCUAUCACUUCCGUGAGCGAGGCCAGGGACGGCAACAAGCUGCUUAUUCUGCACUCGUGCGAUGCUGAAUGCGAUUCUUCCGGCUGCUAUGGCCGUGGACCCACCCAGUGCGUGGCCUGCAGUCAUUACCGGCUGGACAACACCUGCGUUAGCCGCUGUCCGCCGCGUUCGUUUCCCAACCAAGUGGGCAUCUGCUGGCCCUGUCAUGAUACCUGCGAGACGUGCGCUGGCGCAGGACCCGACAGCUGUCUCACCUGUGCCCCGGCCCACCUACAUGUCAUCGAUCUGGCUGUUUGCCUGCAAGUCUGUCCCGAUGGAUACUUUGAAAAUAGCCGCAACCGAACAUGCGUACCCUGCGAGCCCAACUGUGCCUCCUGCCAGGAUCAUCCAGAGUACUGCACCAGCUGCGAUCAUCACCUGGUGAUGCACGAGAACAAAUGCUACUCGGCCUGUCCCUUGGACACUUACGAAACGGAGGAUAACAAAUGUGCCUUCUGCCACUCGACUUGCGCCACCUGCAACGGCCCCACGGACCAACACUGCAUCACCUGCCGGCCGAGUCGGUAUGCCUGGCAAAAUAAAUGCCUUAAUAGCUGUCCCGAUGGUUUCUAUGCGGACAAAAAGAGGCUCGAGUGCAUGCCCUGCCAGGAUGGCUGCAAGACCUGUACCAGUAAUGGUGGCGCCUGCUCCGAGUGCCUUGAAAACUGGACGCUGACCAAGAGAGACAAGUGUAUUGUGACAGGCAGUGAGAGCUGCAGUGAAGCUGAGUUCUUCAGCCAAGCGGACGGCGAGUGUCGAUCGUGCCAUGCUUCCUGCGAGUCCUGCAACGGCAAGUUGGAGACAAAUUGCAUGUCCUGCCCACCAAAUCGUUUGCUGGAACAGAGCCGUUGUGUGAGUGGCUGCCAGGAUGGGUUCUUUAUGGAAACAGCGGGUGUAUGCUCGCCAUGCUUGCAUACCUGCAGCCAGUGUGUCUCGCGGACGAACUGCAGCAAUUGCUCCAAGGGUUUGGAGCUACAAAACGGCGAAUGUCGCACCACCUGUGCCGAUGGGUACUACAGCGAUCGUGGGAUCUGCGCCAAGUGCUACCUCAGCUGCCACACCUGCAGCGGACCGAGGCGCAACCAGUGCGUUCAGUGUCCAACUGGCUGGCAAUUGGCCGCCGGCGAGUGUCAUCCCGAGUGUCCCGAGGGCUUCUACAAGUCGGAGUUUGGUUGCCAGAAGUGCCAUCAUUACUGCAAGACAUGCAACGAUGCCGGUCCCUUGGCCUGCUCUUCGUGCCCGCCGCACUCCAUGCUUGAUGGUGGCUUGUGCAUGGAAUGCCUGAGCUCCCAGUAUUAUGAUUCGACCACAGCCACAUGCAAGACCUGUCAUGAUUCGUGCCGCUCCUGCUUUGGCCCUGGACAGUUUGCCUGCAAGGCCUGUGCCCCGCCGCUCCACCUGGAUCAGCUCAACAGCCAGUGUGUGGCCUGUUGUCCAAAUCAGACGGCAGCUGAGAAUUCAACGUCAACGUCAGCUCCUUGCUGCCAUUGCGAUGCGGAAACUGGCGAGUGCAAGGCUACCUCAACAGGCGGCAAGCGUCGCACAGUUGUGGGUGCCUACAAAAGCGGCUACACCUCGGAUGCGGCUCGAGCCAUGGGCAGCGAGGGUAAUGGCAAUGAGUUUGUCCUAAGGCUGGACUCGCCGCUGACGGCCAUCACAGCCAUAGCGGUGGCCAUCUGCCUGCUGAUCAUCACCAUAUUCUCCAUAAUCUUUGCUGUUUUACAGCGCAAUAGCAACCACGUGACCAGAAACUCGGUGCGUUACAGAAAGAUAGCCAGCAAGAAGCGCAAGCGAACCAGCGAGGCUCGAUUGAUAUUCAACAAUGGUCGUGGUGGUGGUGGCGACGAGGAGGAGGAGGAUGAGGAGGAAAAUAACACUGAGGAGGAUGAUAAUUCCGAAGAGGAUCGAGAUCGGGUCUACAAGAAAGGCACAAUUCAUGGAAACGAAUUUUACAUAGAGAGUACAAAUGAUAUUGAUGCGAUCGAGUUUCACUGCGCUGGCGCUGCGGCGCCGGCAAGAAGGUCUAGGGGAAUGCAUGAUAUUAAACCCAAUGCAAAAAUGGAGCACUUAAGCCGUAGCUGAUUGAUUCAUUGAUCCGAUUGAUCCGAUUGAUCCGAUUGAUCCGAUUGAUUGAUUGAUGAAAAACACACACACGUAAUGCGUACCAACAAGAACUUUGGAUCUUGGAUUUCUUGCUCUGGACUAAAAUAGUAAAUUUUAAACCUUAUUUUGAGGGAGGAUAUAGCGAAAUCGAAAUAUUUAACAUCCGAAAACAAAACAAAACAAAAAAAAAAUGAUAAAAAAUUU